AUGAACGAGUAUGCAGAAUACGACUGGCGGAUGCACCACAUGCAGAACGAACGGUUGUGCGAUGUGUCCAGGAAGCGCCUCUCGGAUGGAGACAGGCAACGCGCCCUCGACGCACUAAAAGAAACAGUGGACUCCAGUUUGAACCUCGCCCUACGCGAUAAAAGCAGAUGUCAGGACGACAACUUUUUGCGGCGUUUUUUGUACGCGACUAAAUACGACGUCCAACAGAGCUUCGAGUUGCUAGUUCGCUAUCACCAAUACAGGAGGGAGCACCCAGAGUUGUGGGCGCCGGCGGACGGGGGCGUGCUCCGCGCCCUAGCCGACGGCUUACCUGGCGUUCUUGCACAACGCGACCGAAGGGGACGCUGUGUCCUACUUAUGUUCGCCUCAAACUGGACUCCCCACGCUUGUCCGCUCGUAUCCGUCUUCAGGGCUCUGCUCUUAACGCUGGAACGCACGCUCGUGGAAGUACAAAACCAGGCAAAUGGAUAUGUCAUCAUCGUCGACUGGACCGAGUUCACAUUCAAACAAUCGUGUAGUUUACAAGCGAAGACGUUGAAAAUGAUGAUCGACUGCCUGCAAGACUGCAUGCCUGUGCGCUUUAAGAGUAUACACUUCAUCGGGCAACCUUGGUACGUCGAGACCGCGUUGGCCGUCGUGAAACCUUACUUGAAGGCGAAGACGAGAGAGCGGAUAGUGCUUCACGGUAACAAUUUGUCGACCCUGCACGAUUCGUUGCCGCUAGACAUACUUCCAGCGGAGUUGGGAGGUGAAGGCCCUUCCUAUAACUCGGAGCUUUGGCUGCAGCAGUUCUGUCGCUUCGAGAAUAUAGACACGCCGCCGGGGCAAGUGUCUACUGCGGUGUCCAAAGACAAGGAAGUGCCGGCCGCUAAAGUGGACAAAGCGUAUAAAGCGAAAGACAAUGGAAACUUUUCAUUUCACGGGAACGAGAAAAGUGCAAAGUCAGAAUUACUGCGCGAUAAGGAUUGA